AUGGCCUCGACACUUCUCGCGCAACCUAUGAAAGGCUCAUCGCGACCCAUCCGCCCGAGGCCGGCGCGGUUUCUGAAUCAAGUCGCGAAGACGCUCAAGAGGCUACAUCUGCGCUCCUCUCAGCUCUUCAAAUUCUUCCCGCGUCACGCCAUCUGCCGUCCGGGAGCGGAUGUAUUCGCGACGACAUCUUGCGUCUCAUUUCCGCCGCAGCUUCUGACCAUUUUGACUUCGAUCGUACCAAGCCGCUUCUAG